AUGUCCCACGCCUCCAAGAACAGGCUGUCAACCUACUCGACGGGCUCUGCCCCGUCGCGGUCACGGCCCGCUUCCUUCUACUUCCCGGUAUUCCCAUCCAGCCUCUCCUACACCACGGUCCGAGAUUAUGCCUACCCGCCCUCUCAUCCAAUGCACUAUGGCCCCCCGCCGGAGCCUUCGAGACCCCCAUCUGGCAUGACAACGCCUGCCAGUGAGACUAGACGACUCUCAGAUCCUCCAACCUCAUGGGAUAGUAAGAUGGGCUGGGAUUGGACGUCAGACGGUGGACUUGGUAAGGGAGACUUUUUAGCCCCUGUUCACUUUGGUGAUGGCCCCCCUUGGAGCGAGGACGAAGACCUACAAAGUCCUGUUGUUAGCUCCCGGCAUAGGAAACACAAGUCAACUUCUGCGGUCACGGGAAAAAUGCGAGGCUCACGGGAAGGUGAAGCGUCUUCAUCAAUACUGAACGCAGGAAACUUGGAUGUCAAUAGAGGCUAUUACGUUGGAACGAGCGGCGAUGGAAGUGAACGAUACUACGUGAGUCAAGGGGGAGAGGCCAAUGGCCCGGGAGGAGAGUAUGUCACGUACCCGCCAGAGCAAGCCCGGCAUGGUAACUACCAUUCCUCAUCCGACCAACAACCGCGUAAUUAUGCAGAACACGACCCUGGUUAUCGAUCCGAAUCAGAUGCCUCCAGUACCACUUCGUCCCCAAGUUACCAUCCAUAUGAUGAGUCAAGAUACUCAAGGGACUACCAAUUUACGAUUACCUCGCCAGACGAGGAGAUGCACGGCAAGGCCGUUGCAUUAUUUGACUUUGCGAGGGAGAACGAAAACGAGUUACCGCUAGUAGAGGGCCAAAUUAUCUGGGUAUCAUAUCGACACGGCCAAGGUUGGCUCGUUGCGGAGGACCCCAAGACUCAAGAGAGUGGACUGGUGCCAGAAGAAUACGUCCGCCUGCUACGUGAUAUCGAAGGCGGCAUGACAAGUCUAACUGGCCAGCUUGAAAAUAGCGGUGUGGCAAGCCCUAACGACAUCGGUACGCCCACGCAAGCUGAGCACAGCGGACAAGCAGUGGUGCCUCCAGCUACGCAGCCUUCUCAGCAUGGACAUACAUCGACAGGGAGCAACUCGACAAAUGGUUAUCACCAACCCAUUGUCUCGACAUUUUCAACCUCGAGCAAAGAUCUUGACCCGUACCCUCAACAUUUACUUGGCCAGCACGGACAACCACCUCCACAAGUCGUACAUUAUCAUGGUCAACGUGGAGGAAGCCAGGCCAAUACGCCAACUGCGCAAAACUCUUUUGGAGACACCCCGCUGGGUCGCAGCAGCCAAGAUGCUAAGCGCAAUAGCGCAAACUCAAGAAAAUCCCAGACGCUUGAUGUUCUACCACAUUCCAAAAUGAAGUCUCCAGAGCACGAGUCGGAGCCUGAGACCGAGGAACAGCAAAAGUCCGAAAGUCAAUGA